AACGAUUGGUAACUACAUCAUUUAAAAAAAUAAGCUGCCAGCUGUCACUGUCACUGAACUAGACAGAGUUGGGAGAGAAUAUUUUCGAUCGAUAUGUUGCCGCUAUAUUUAAUAUACACAGAAUUGUGUAAGUCUUAAAGGGUACAUUACUCAAAAUAUUAUUGUGUUUGUAACCCAUUUGCCAGUGAUUUAUAAGUUUCAUAAUGGAGGAGUUACACUCCUGCAGUUGUUGCUUGGUGCGUCCUCCGGAAAAAGGCCUCAGGAAGUUGUAUAAACAUCUCGGCAAAACAGAGAUAUAUUAUGAAAUGCUGAAAAACUGUUUCGAUAUUAAUCUCGGGAUAGGAAAUGACGAGUGUGGGAUCUGCGACGUGUGUGUAGGGCGGCUGCGGGACGCGAGCGACUUCAAGCUGCAAGUGCAGCGUAGCCAGGCCCAGCUGCAUGCUCGCCUCAAGGGUGUGGUUACUGCUAAUGACAAGUUGAAAAUAAAGUUCGAGAAAGCUUCCGCAGAUGAAACAAUCAUAAACGACAUUAAGCUGGAGAAGUCCGAGGUGGAGAUGGCUGAUGGCGAGGUCGUAUCAGUGGCUAUUUACGGUGGACCGCCAGCGCCUUCAGCGCAACCCGUUCCUGCCGCGUCUAACCGCAUCUUUUUUGCGUCAGUUCCGACCCUCACCAACCUCGACGCUACCGAGCCGCCUCCGGCUUCAAACCGCACUAAAGUCCACGAGUGCGACAUAUGCCACAAAACAUUCAAGAACCCAAAUGCGAAAAACAAACUCAUAAUCCACCGCCGCUCCCACACUGGAGAGAAACCAUAUUCGUGCAAUAUAUGCGACAAAAGAUUCGUACAAAAGAGCCACUUAAAUACUCAUUACGCAUACCACAUUGGGAAGUUCAAAUUCUCUUGCGAACAAUGCGACACGAAAUUCACGCAAAAAAACCAAUGGGUUGUGCAUAUGCGGAUACACACUGGUGAAAGACCGUACUCGUGUGAAAUUUGCAAUAAAACAUUCAAGCAAAAAGGACACUUGACCGUUCAUAAAAAAAAUCAUUCUAAAUACGAUCCUAGUCGUGUAGAGCCAGGAGAAAUAACAGUGUGUAAAACAGAGUGGGCAGAAGAAUCGAACAAACAAGUACCCACCGAACACUUCCCAUGUGAUAUAUGCAAAAAACAAUUUGCAGAAGAAAACUAUUUAAACAUUCAUUUAAAGAAUCAUCCUGGUGAUUAUCCAUUCACCUGUGAAACUUGCGAUAGAAAAUUCAAGACGCAGUCUGCAUUAGAUAUUCAUAAGUACGAUCACACGGGGGGGAAACCUUUUAAAUGUGAAGAAUGCGGUAAACGAUAUACGUCAAAAAGCGCUUUAAGGCUUCAUGCAAGAAUUCACUCCGAUGACUAUAGAUUCUCGUGCGAUGUGUGUAAUAAACGAUUCCUACAUAAAGACGCUAUGAUCAUACACAUGCGUGUACACACUGGUGAAAAGCCUUAUACCUGUGAGAUAUGCCAAAAAAAGUUCCCAUACAGAUGUGGCUUAAAAAAUCAUUUAUUAGCACAACAUAAACAAAUAAUGGACAAACAGUUCUGCUGCGAUAUUUGUGGGAAACGAUUUGCACUACAGGGAACAUUAAGUAAACAUAUGAACAAACACGCUGAGAAGGAAAAGGCAGAAAAAGCUAUUAAGGAAGGGAGGAAGGAAGAUCUCAAAACGUUUAUGUGUGAAAUAUGUAGCAAACGGUUUACAACGAAAGGUAUCUUAAGAAACCAUAGAGAAAUACAUAAUGAAGAAAAACCCUUUGAAUGCGAAGUAUGCCACAAGACAUUUCGGAUGAAGAAGUAUUUAGAAGACCAUAUGAAGGUACACGAUAACUUUAAACAACACGCUUGCGAAGUAUGUGGCCAACAGUUUAGACAUAAAUCUGCCUUGACAGUUCAUAUCCGACGAAUGCAUUCAGACAUCAGACCACAUUGUUGUGAUGUUUGUAAAAAAGCUUUUCCAGUACUUGCUGAAUUAAAAGCGCAUUAUCGUGUUCACACCGGUGAGAGACCGUAUGCUUGCGAGAUAUGCUAUAAGAAAUUUCAGCGCCAUAAUGGAGUAAAGAAACAUCUUAUAAGUGUCCAUCAUGAGAAACCUUCAAAGUUUGUUAAAUUAAAAGAAUAUAAUAACCCUUAUUGAAUAUGUAGCAUUCUUGUCUUUAAAUUUAUAUAUACAAUUUUAAUUAAUGUGUUAUAAAAAAUCUGUAUGUAACAGAAUGUAAAGUUGUGUACUGUUUUUAUUUAGAAAAACAGGCGAUAUCGUUAAUGUAUUCCAUAAAUUGUGAUAGGUAUUCAUAGAUAAAACUAGGUGUAUUAACGUAUGCGAAAUGAAAUCUGGACAAAAUUCAACGUCGUAUUAAAUAGCAAUAACAUGUUUAUAUUUUAUCAAUUUUCAUGUUUUUUAAUAAUGUAUUUAAUAACGUUAAAUGCAAGAUAAACUUUACUCCAAUUCGAAAUUUUGAACGGCAGGUAAUUUAAACCCAUCAUUUUUUAGUUACUAAUUUAUCUACCUUAGGAACAUUUUUUUAGGAACCGUAUGGUCGAAAUAUUUCACAUUUUCAUCCGUUGGACCAUUGGUAUUCUCAAAAUAAAACUACAAAGCAAGGCAAAGGAUGUCGUGACCCUGGAGUUCCCCAAGGAUGGAGUCUGGUCAUUGAGCCUCCUCAUAAGAGGAAGAGGGUCCGACAAUAUCAUUUACGUAAACUAUGGGUCACACACUGAAAUUAAAUGGCAUAUCAUAUCAGACAGACAAUCAUCUAACCAUCGGAUAUAAGGAAAAAAACGGUGGCCUCACAUGUGACCUCUAAGGAAGUAAUUGUCAAUUUAAAAACAUCCUUUGGAUUUGUCCUAACCAUAACUUAAAUUCGGGUAAUCUUAGUGACGCCCCUAAACAUUCCACACAGUUAACUGAACCCACUGAAAAAGAUUCGAGUCUAAUAUGGCCUACACUGCUUCUUACUUAGACUAUUUCAGGACUCACAGCCAAAUCUGAGCAGACGUCUACGUCCUUUACUGAACUCUUUCAUCUCAAACCCUAGUCCCUGUUGCAGGAUAGAUAGCCGCUGAACUGUAGUUGAUGAUAUACCUCGCCUAUUUAUGGGCGAUAUGGACGAGGUUUGUAUAGCUGUUAUACUAUAGCACACACCUUCGUUAGUAAAGUUAAAGGGCUCUCUUCAAGACUUCCGUUUCUUGGAGAAAAUUGUUUUGUGUAAUUAUUGACGAGUGACUACUUCAAAAUUAGUGGCAUCUUGAGGCACCGUGGUAGGCAAUAUCGUUCAAUAUAAUUUAAUGUUGUACGCACAUUUAUUUAAUAUAUUAUUUACGAAAAUUGUAUAGAGUAAAAUAAAUUUGUAUUAUUUAUUUAUUAAAUCACAAUAUAUCGCCUAUUUGAUACAUA